AGGAAACCUCUAUCCCUACCACUACCCUCCUAGACUGCAGGUUCAGCACUCUCGUUAGGGCACAGGUUUCUUAGUUUAGAGGUGUAGGUAGCGCAUCCUUUCGCGUCAGGUUUGCCGUCUUCCGUCUCUCUCGUAAGGCGCCAAUUUCCAUGAGCCAUUAAUCCGCUGGGAACCCAUUAGUCAUCAGGCUUCUGGAACAUCUGACUCUGGUGCGACCAGACGUAGUGCCUAGUAACGCCUAAUCAUGGGUUCGGGCUCAGGAGAUGGCUCCGGCGUGGACGACAUUCCCCAGGAGAUCCUCGAUCUUCUCCCGGCCGAUCCGUUCGAAAUGUUGAAGAUAUCGCGGAGCAUCGCCGUCAGAGCCAUGUCCGCGCACGCGCAGCAAGCGGAGCGGGACUCGAGUAACGCGCGGAGCAAUUACGAGGCGAGCCAAGGGUCGAUGAAGAGCCUCGAGGAGAAAGUUUCAAGCCUCGAGGCUUCGUUAAGGGAAGCUAUGGACAAGGUCGACAAGUCGGAGCAGGAACAGGCGCGCCUGUCCAAUGAGAAGACGGCACUUGUCGCCAUGGUGAAGAAGCUCAACCGUGACGUGGCAAAGCUGGAGACGUUCAAGCGCACGUUGAUGCAGCAGCUGCAGGACGAGAACGACGACGAGCCACCCUCCAUGGUCGCCGCAGCCGCCGCCGCUCCUAAGCCAGCAGCAUCAGAGCCCGUCUCCGCCUCAGCUGGCAGCGGCGCGUCCGCCGCCAAGCAGCAAGCUGCAGAUGGUGCUUCGGAUGCGGACAGCUACGCGGGUGACAAGGUCAAGUUGGCCAAUCAGACGCCACCUCCAGCGGCAGCAGCAGAGACCACGCCCAGAGCAAUUAACCCACCGCCGCCCAUAGUGGUUCCGAGCAGCAACAGCAGCAGCAACAGCAAGCUGCGCACGCCCCUCCUGACCCCCUCGCUGGUCUCCCCUCAGUACACCCCCUCCGCCACUCCCCCCCACUCCGCCUCUGGUGCUGCCAGCCGCGAAGGCCGGCCACCAAGAGUGGAUGGGAAGGAAUUCUUCAGACAAGCAAGGAACCGGCUGUCGUACGAGCAGUUCAGUGCGUUUCUGGCCAACAUUAAAGAGCUCAACGCCCACAGACAGUCCAGAGAGGAAACGCUGCGCAAGGCGGACGAGAUAUUCGGCCCUGACAACAAGGACCUGUACACUGCUUUCGACGGCCUGCUAUCGCGACACCUGCCCUCAUAGAUGCCAACUCAUCACCAGGAAAGCCCUGAAAUAUAUGUGUGGGCCCCACACAAAGGACUUCUGCACUGCCUUUGACGGCCUGCUAUCGCGGCACCAGCUAUCAUAGACCCCCUCCUUGCUCCGUAUUGCCUUGAAAGAACCUCACCCCAUGACCUUGGAGACUCAGAGAGCCAUGCUGUCAUCAAGGCUCCAUUCUCCAAUCGUCCUCAUCUGCCAGUUGCCAUCCGGACUCUUGGUGCUCCGCUCAUCGGAUGGCAAACGGAUGGCAACAUUCUUCAUCACAUGGCAUCAUCUACCAAUUGCCAUCCGGCCUUUUGGUGCUCUUCUCUGCUCGUUCCUUCUCAUCAAUAGUCUGAACGUCGUGUGGUGGUAAUGGUUGCAAGGCAGGUCAGCGAAAUCUGCAUAAUUUUUAUCCGCGUGCAUGUGGCGUAGCCUACUUGGUGCUUGCUGCUUUUUAUCAACAGAAGCGGGUAUGGUGUGGUUGCUGCUGGGCAACCAAGUCUUUAGCACCACCUUAUUUAUUUAUUCCUUAGGAUACUGUGUCCCCCCCAGGUACUGUGUUUCGAUAAGCAUUAGUCUAGUUAUAGAAUGGCACUUACCAGGGUGGAGUAAUAGAUUAUGUUAAAUGCAGCAUGCAGUUUUGGUUCCCUGUAUACCAAGUUCUAUAUUACCUUUUCUCUACCGGUAUAUUACAACCAUA